AUGGCCACGCAGUUCCCGACCAAGAAGUGCGGCGUCCUCGGCUGCACCGGCUCCGUCGGCCAGCGCUUCAUCCUCCUCCUCGCCCAGCACCCCUACCUCAAGCUCCAAGCCAUCGGUGCCUCGGCCCGCUCGGAGGGCAAGAAGUACAGUGAUGCCGUCCGGUGGAAGCAGGCCCGGCCCAUGGGUGAGGUCGCAGAUAUGAUCGUGAGGCGUUGUAUCGCCUCAGAGUUUGUCGACUGCGAUAUCGUCUUCAGCGGCCUCGAUUCCGAUGUCGCCGGCGAUAUUGAGCUCGCUUUCCAAAAGGCCGAGAUCCCCGUCUUCUCCAAUGCCAAGAACCACCGACGAGAUCCCCUCGUACCCCUCGUCGUCCCCACCGUCAACCUUGGCCAUCUCGAUCUCGUCCCUCACCAGCGUGCCACCCGGAAGCUGGAACGCGGGUUCCUCGUCUGCAACUCCAACUGCGCCGUCAUCGGCCUCGUCAUCCCCUUUGCCGCCCUCCAGGCCGAGUUCGGCCCGAUCGCCACCGCCAGCGUCGUCACCCUCCAGGCUGUCUCCGGUGCCGGGUACCCCGGCGUCGCAUCCAUGGACGUCCUCGACAACAUCGUCCCCUUCAUCCCCGGCGAGGAGGAUAAGCUCGAGACCGAGGCGCGCAAGAUCCUCGGCUCCCUGAGCCCCGACGCCACCGCCUUUGUCGAGCAGGAAGCCCUGCGCGUCUCCGCCACCUGCAACCGCGUCCCCGUCCUCGACGGCCACACCGCCUGCGUGAGCCUCCGCUUCGAGCGCCGUCCAGCCCCGACGGCGAGCCAGUGCAAGGAAGCCCUCCGUCGCUACGUCUCCGAUGCCCAGACCCUCGGCUGCCCCUCGGCCCCCAACCCCGCCAUCCACGUCUUCGACGACGAGGACCGUCCCCAGCCCCGGCUCGACCGCGACCUCGGCAACGGCUACACCGUGAGCGUCGGUCGCCUGCGCGACGACGAGAGCGGCGUCUUUGACAUCAAAUUCACCGCCCUCAGUCACAACACCGUCAUCGGUGCCGCCGGCUCCUCGAUAUUGAACGCCGAGGCGGCCAUCCUCAAGGGAUAUGUCUAA